AUGAACGUUCCAAUGGCGUUGAAACAAGACCUCGUUGUCAUAGUACUUGGACCGAUUGUGGGGCUCGAGCCGGUGUUGACUGGAGCGGCACUAACCGUAGCCCUCGUUCAACUCUUUGCUCUUGUCGCCGGUUAUGUUGCGACGGCGGGGGUUCUCUUGAUUGGAUAUCUCGAAGGAUUGAUUGUAGCCGAUGAAAAGAUGAUCUGUGCCCGACUCUUUCCCAUAUGUAACUCGAUGGAAGUUUCCGGUUUCUAUUCAAAACAAUUCAACCUACCACAAAUGAUAUUGAUAAAAUUGGUGGUCGGAUUGGUGACGUUGAAUUAUGUUCUCGCAAGUGUCAAUCUGAUCAUCCUUCACAUCGAUUAUCGCCGACUCGUAAUCAAAACGAUGAGAAGUGCAAAAACUUUGGCUAUUAAAAGAUAUUUCUUGCUGAUAACCACUUGUCAGAUUGUCUUAAUCAUUUGUUUUGUCGGUAUUCCUUGGACAUUAAUGAUCUCGAUCGAGUUUCUCACGUUUCUACAAACGAAUUUCCUUGAAAUGGUCUUGACUUGUGCUUUCCUUUUCUCGACUCUUCAUUCGGCAUUCAGCAGUAUGACGAUCAUUUUGGCGACAAAGCCCUAUCGAGUGGCGAUUCGCGGUUUCGCAUCGAGCUUCCUCAAAAAACCGAUAACCCCAUCCGUCAUUGUGAUAAAUAGUAGUAAUCAUAUUAGCGUAGUUCGA